GUGGGGCUGGGGCAAGGCAAAACUGAAAAAAAGAGGAAGCCCUCGAGUGCCCCAGCCCAGCACAGCAGCACCCAGGCAGACACAUCUGGCACCUCGCACACCUCCAUCACAGUGUCAGCUCUGUCACCCGAUGAGGUGACAGCCAACCCACCAGCAUGCCCUGGGCAUUGCCGCUGCGAUGGUCACCAUGGGGCCGGCCUGGUGUGAAGGCCUUGGUCACUGCUGGGGUGUUUGUAACCACCCUCUGGAACCUGAGGUUCUUCCUCAACCCCUCCAAAGGCUCUGGAGAAGAGUCUAAACAGAGGGAGCCAUUGGUGAUUCUGGUGUGGGAAUGGCCCUCCAAGCAGGUCCCCAGUGUCAGCAGAGAUGUGUGCCAUGAGCUGUACAGCAUCACAGGCUGCCAGCUCACUACAGAGCGGCAGCUCCUGCACCAGGCCAAUGUGGUGGUGUUCCCCCACUCCAGGCUCCAGCCUGGCCAGGACAAACUGCCCAAGGAGAGGCUGCCGGGGCAGAACUGGGUGUGGGUCUCCCUGGAGUCCCCCUCCAACACUAGAGCUCUAGCAGCGUGGAACCAGACCUUCAACUGGGUGAUGACCUAUAGACAGGAUUCAGACAUCUUCAUCCCCUAUGGCAAGCUUGUACCCAACCACUCAGCCACCGUAAACAUCCCUGCAAAGACCAACUUGGUGUCCUGGGUUAUCAGCAACUACCACAGGACUCAGAAAAGAGCUGAAGUUUACAAAAACCUCUCCAGGUACCUCCAUGUGAAUAUAUACGGGAAAGCAAACAACAAGCCCCUCUGCAAGGACUGCCUCUUGCCAACAAUAUCCAAGUCCAAAUUCUACCUGGCCUUUGAGAACUCCAUCCACCGGGACUACAUCACAGAGAAACUCUGGAGGAACUCACUGCUGGCCGGCACUGUGCCUGUGGUGCUGGGGCCACCCAGGGCCAACUAUGAGCAGUUUAUUCCUGCAGACUCCUUCAUCCAUGUCAAUGACUUUGGUUCCCUAAAGGAGCUGGCCACCUUCCUGAAGACAGUGAACUCCAGCCGCUACCAGCAGUUCUUUGCCUGGCAGAGGAGGUUCAGUGUGAAGCUCUACACUGACUGGAGGGAGCGGAUCUGUGCCAUCUGUACAGCCUACCCCCGCCUUCCCCAUGGCCACCUGUAUCCUGACCUGCAGAGCUGGUUCAACUCCUAGUGCAUGCCGGGACCCUUGGGAUGAAUGCAGGCAGGGGUGGGAGGUGCAUGAGGCACCCACCUGCACACAUGACAUGGAGCAAAGACAGGAGCAUCCCACUCUCCUCUCAGCCCAGCUGUUGCCACACUGCAACUUCAAGCAACUCCCCAUGACUUCAUUUUUUGUGAAACAGGACUUACCACCCUGACCCAACAAUGAACACCUUGCCAGGGCGCUGGCAGGACCAGAGGGUACUUUGGAAAUAAGUGGCACAGUGCUGCUGAGGCUGUGCAUGUGGUGUGGGCAGGACAGAAGGAUGGUGGUGGCUCAGGGCUCCCUGACCUUCCCCUGUGAUCCUCAAUGUCCCCCCAGCACCUUCUGCUGGGUGCCAAAGUCCUGGCAGCAGAGGCCCUGUGGUGACAUUUUGUGUCUGGGCUGGAGUGGCAGGGGUCAGCCCAGGGGGGUCCAUUACUCCAUGGCUAGGGAGGAAGGACAGCAUCUGCUCCCCUUCUUCCUUGCAGCACCCAUUUCCUGUCCCCAAACCCUGAGCCAUGGGUGUCACUGUGCCAGUGAGGAGCCACAGGACAGCAGAUGUUCCCAGAGCAGCCUGUGCUGCCAGGCAGGCAGAGGGAUACUGUGGUUUGUCACUCCCUCCCUGCUGUGACAGGAAGCCAGUGAGCUGACAGCCUCUGAAGGCUUUCACCAUCCUAGAGUAAAGCCAGUCCCGUGGGGAACUUGCACAUGCACACAUUGCACGGGGGAAACCCUGCACCAUGGGCACCCUGCACCAUGGACAUCCCAAGAGGAAGUACCCAUCUGGGAUCAUGAAAUCGGGGUGAAAAUCAGGGUUGAGUGACAGGACCAGGGGUAAGACAUGACUGCUCCAUCUGUGCCUUGCUCUUUGCCCCUCUAGUCAGUGCCAUCAACUCCCUUGAUAUAAACAACUCUUUUUGUCACAAGUUUUUCCUGUUUUCUUCUCUGUGGCCCUGAAGUCACCAAACCCCACCUCUGCCACCC